AUGCGAGGCCAGGUGCCACAGAUACCUACGUGCCUGACAACGUAUGACUUGAUUUCUGGGGGAGCUACUGGGUGGGUGCUUCGCGUCUCUGACGGCAUAGCUCUCAAAUACUGUGUCUACGAACGCUUCGUCAAUUUUCAGACCGAGAAUGAGAGUUAUGAUUUAUUUCAGCAGCGCGACCCUCCGCCCAGCAUCCUGCAAAGCUUCUUGCGACUGCCCGGCUUGAACUUCAUGCCGCUCAUGGCCGUCAAUCUGGAGCAGCGCAUCCAUUCUAAUCAGGAUCGCGACCUUCGAAAAUCGCGGUGCCUCAAAGUCCUCCGUAUAGAGCCGACGACGAAAAUCGGGCAAUGGGCUGCAGAGCUCGCCGGAGCCAUCGCAUGGCUCGAGUCUAUUGGCGUCGUGCAUGGUGACUUGCGACCGGCCAACAUCCUCCUCGACCAGCAUGACCACAUCAAACUCGCCGAUUUCGACAGCGUUGCCAAAAUGGGUUCAAUGAACCCCGGCAACGGCGCACCGUGGGUGCGACUGCGUGGUAGGGAGGGUUUUGGCUCUUUUGGACUGUACGACGCCUGCAGCGAGCAGUUUGCUUUUGGCUCCAUCUUACAUUUCAUGACGACGGGCAUCGAGCUCUACGAGGACAAGGGAUCCGAGGUCCUUGACAUGUUGGAGAACUUGGAGUUGCCCGAGCUAGGGGACUCGGCGCUGGAUAAGCUGACGGUGAAGUGUUGGAUGGGGGGGUUUGCAACACUGGCUGACUUGGCCAUGGCGGCGGGACUGUUGGACGGGGCGGAAGGUGCAAAGGGCGGGACGAGGUUUGAUGAUGAGUAUAUGAACAAGAUGAAGGCUCAGUGUCAAGAGCUGCUGGAGGGAAAGCUUGCCGGAAUCCAGUUCGACGCUGCUCGUGUAGAAGCGGGCAAGAAUGCUCGGCAGUAA